AUGAGGAAUUUUGGACUAGCCAAAGUUAUUUAUAAAUCAAAAAUGGAUCAUAUACAAAAGACAAAUCGAGUUGGAAGAAAACGUCGUUCUGUUGUAUUUGACGAGUCUGAUGAUCCUACUUCAUACGAUGGGAAUUCAGACGAGAAAACUGAUCAUCCUCUUGAGAAUAUGAAGGAGCUAGAUCCUGAUAAAUCAGCCGGAAAUCAGCAUACGGAAACAGGACACGCAAAUAAUGUACAUGUAACUAGACGUCGUGGAAGACCUGCUCGUCGUGUAUAUAGUGGUCGUGGUCGUCGUUCAACGAAAUUUCUGUCAAAGAAAGUUAUUCAUUGUGAUAAAACUGUUGAACCUAGCUUAGAAGUUGCUUAUGCAUCUCCCACAUCAGUAGAUAUGUCAUCGAUCAGUAAAUUGUGUGUUACUGUGGAUGUUCAUUAUGAUAAUGAAGUCUAA